GAGGCGGACAUUUGGGUCGCGGCCGUGGCCUUUGAGAGUAACAGUCAAACUUAGGGUUUAUAAGAAUCGAUGGGCCACUUCUCGUGCUUAGAUGUGGGCGACUUGAGAAAGCCAGCAUACAACAAGAAACGUCCUCGUGGUGAGGUGAACGAUGUUGUGAGAAGUCUACAUACAGCAUUACAUGACAGACCCAGACCCACUCGAUCAAUAUGUCAUCUCCGAUUAUAUUCUAUGACCUCCCCUCUACCCUGUCGGCGAAUGCGUGGUCCCCAAACACGUGGAAGACCCGAUAUGCCUUGAACAUUAAGGGUGUUGCGUACAAGACCGAGUGGGUCGAGUACCCUGACAUUGAAGCGCUUGCCAAGAAAAUCGGAGCGCCACCAACAAGCAUCAAUGCUGAUGGCAGCCCAUUAUAUACCCUCCCCAUCAUUAAUGACCCCAAUACUGGAAAAGUUGUUUCUGACUCCUUCCUUAUCGCCGAAUACCUUGAUGCGACUUACCCAAGUGGAACUACCUUGUUCCCCCCCGGCACAAAACCAUUGAUGGCAGCAUUAGAGGCUGGUGCUACAGGUGCCAUCGGAAGCAUUUUCCCUCAUCAGCUCGCCGUCAGCUGCUACAUCUUGAAUCCUUCCAGUGAGAAGUACUUCAGAGCAACCAGAGAGGCGACCUACGGGAAGAAGAUUGAGGAGUUCUCUCCUGCUGGUGCCCAGCGUGACGCUGACUGGGCUAAGGCUAAGGAAGGCCUUGUUGCUGUAGACGGCUGGCUAUCAAAGAAUGGUGGAGGGAAGUUCGUCAUGGGAAAUACCGUCACGUAUGCAGACGGUAUCCUGGGAGCGUGGCUCACCUGGAUCAAAAUCGCCAAUGGUGAAAAUAGCGCUAUAUGGAAGGAUUUCGCCAGUUGGCACGGAGGAAGGUGGGGUACCUACAUUGCUAACUUGCAACCCUUCGCAAAAGUCUUGUAGCUACUCUCCAGAAAUCUCCCUAGACAGAUUAUAGAUCGAUGAAGAUAGCUGUUCCAUCAUUGACUCCACGGAUUAUGUACGCGGAAGCGCCGGCAUGGUGUUGGUACAAAACCUUGAUUCAUUGAUUGCUUUUGAUGGCGCACAAAAAAUGGAACUGUGCAUGUGGUAUACGAAGAUUGCAGAUCAUAAUCAGAGUUUCGAUCAGGUCAUCUAACGAUUUGACGGCAGUGACCACUGCGCCGGGGCCAUUAUUUCAAAUCCUAACCCACUGGUGUACGAUAAAGCAGGAAGUACCGCUGAGUCGGUUUAGCGCCUUUAAUCUUGACUAUCGCGGUAAUGGGAAUCACCAAGGUCAGGGACCAUGGGGAAAGA